GACAGGAGGACGCAGCGAGACCCGAGGUAGACGACCAACAUGCCGCCGAAGAAGAACCAAGAGUCCAAGAAGACGGUGGAGAAGAAGAAAGAGAGGAUGCUCGAUGACAAGACGUUCGGUCUCAAGAACAAGAACAAGUCCAAGCAGGUCCAGAAGUACGUGCAGCAGGUGCAGCACCAGGUCAAGGGCACGUCCGAGGCGCAGGAGCGCAAGAAGCUGGAGGACAAGAAGGCCGCAGCCGCGGCCAAGGAGGCCAUGGAAAAGCAGAUGAAGGACCUCUUCAUGGCCGCCAUCGUGCAGCCCAAGGUUCCGCUCGGUGUCGACCCCAAGACGAUCGUGUGCGAGUUCUUCAAGCAAGCGACGUGCUCCAAGGGCAACCGCUGCAAGUUCUCGCACGAUCUCAUGGUCGGCAAGAAGGCCACCAAGAUCAACCUCUACGAAGACGACCGCGACGCCAAGGACAAAGAUAUCAUGGACACGUGGGACCAGAAGAAGCUCGAAGAUGUCGUCGCCGAGAAGCAUGGCCAAAAGGUGGCGACGACGACCGACAUUGUGUGCAAGUUCUUCUUGGAUGCGAUCGAAAAGUCCCAGUACGGUUGGUUCUGGACGUGCCCGAACGGCGGCAAGGCGUGCAAGUACCGCCACGCCCUCCCGCCGGGUUUUGUUUUCCAGUCCAAGAAGGACCGCGAGAACAGCAAGAAGAAGGGCGACGAGGUCAGUAUUGAAGAGAUCAUUGAGCAGCAGCGCGCCAAGCUCGGCGCGAACGGCGGCACGCCCGUCACGGAAGAGUCGUUUGCCAAGUGGAAGGCCGAGAAGGCCAAGCGCAAGGUCGUCGAGGACGAGAAGCGCCGCAAGGACGAAGCCAAGAAGUCGGGCAACCGCGGUCUCAACACGCUCAGUGGUCGCGCGCUCUUCACAUUCGACCCGACGCUCUUCCAGGACGACGACGGCGCCGCGGGCGACGAGUACGACGUCGAAGAUUACGAGGACGAGGAGAAGCGGCCGGCGCCCGACGCGGCCGCAGCCUCCAUGGACAAGAGUCUGUAUAUGCAGGACGUGGAAGAUAACUUAGACGAACUCGUCGAAGAAUAGACCGUGUAGUUUUGGGAUGAGC